AUGAUGGAUAAAGUAGCUGAUUUUAUGGCCAUCACUGGCGCUGAGAAUGGCGAAUUGGCUGAUCAGUUUAUAGAAAUGGCAGGUGGCGAUUUAGAGACUGCCAUCUCUUUGUUCUUUGAACAUGGUGGUAAUUCUCAAUUGGGAGCAGCAACUCAAAGGGAUGACGAUUUAGCCCAGAGAUUACAAAAUGAGGCCUAUGGUGGUGAGACAAGUGGUAAUGGUGAUGAUUAUGUGAGGCCGCCAGAUCAAGCAAGACAUGAAACUUUGGCAGAGACCCAUGUUUUCCCUGGAUCCUUUGGUGGAUAUGGGGGGUCAUUUCAACACUUGAGAGGCGCCAGAGACAUGUUUGACGACUCUAGACCUCCAGGAGUCUUUAAUCAAAGGUUGGAUGAUGAUAUGAGUGAUUCUACAUCAGAUUCUUCAAAUUCUGCCCAAGAUGAUAGCGAUGAUGAUGGAUUACAAGAGUUGGUGGAAGUGCCUGCACUGGAAUUGGACGAAGAUGGUAAUAUCAGACAAUAUACAAGGAUGGUUCCACGACCCAGAACUUUGUCGAAGGAGGAAAGAUUGGCUAGACUCUUUAGACCACCCUUUGAUAUGAUUUCUAAGAGAGAUCUUGAUAGCGCUAGGUCUAAAGCUAAGAAAAAAAGCAAAUGGAUAAUGGUUAACGUACAAGAUUCUGGAGUUUUUCAGUGUCAAGCCUUGAAUAGAGAUCUGUGGUCCUCCAAAGAUGUCAAAAAGGUAGUAAAGCCUAAUUUUGUGUUUUUACAGUACCAAUUUGAUUCUCGCAAUGCUGAACCUUAUAUUAAUUUCUAUGGAUUGAGAAGUAAAGAUGACCUACCACAUAUUGCAAUUUUGGAUCCAUUGACAGGUGAAAGACUAAAGCAGUGGAAUCGUCAGGUACCCAAACCUGAGAAUUUUAUCAAUGAAAUUGAAGACUUUUUAACCCAAUUCUCACUAGACCCAAAGGUAGCUAAUCCAACCAUUAAAGAACCAACACCAGAACCUGAUCCAACUACUCUGACGGAGGAACAACAGAUGGAAUUAGCUAUCAAGCAAUCUCUUGGUGCCAGUGCUGAGCAACCGAUUGAUGUUGACGAACAAGAAUCUGCUCAGGAAAAGCCAAAACCAUUACAGGAACAACCAACAGAAUUUCCAAUAUCGGAACCUGAUUUAUUCAGUACCAUUCAAGCGGUACCUCACGAAGAACCUCCAAAUAAACCUGGGGUCACCACCAGAAUCCAAGUACGUACAGGUGAUGGUGGAAGAAUGGUAAGAAGGUUCAACGUAGAAGAUCCAGUACGUACCAUAUACGAGGUUAUCAAAGCUCAGAUGGAAGGGUUUGACCAUGAGAAAUUCACUUUGGGAAGCCAUCAACGGGAAGAUCUCAUUGGUAAACUUGACAUGACGAUUCAAGACGCUGGGCUCAAGAACAGCUCAUUGCUGUUGGAAAAGGUUGAGGAUGAGGAAUAA